CCAGCAACAAGGAAGUGCUGCAGAGGCUGGAAAACGUUGGAUGAGUUGUCGCAGUCAGUGGUGACAGUGAGUUUUAAUCAGAAUAGUUUGGUAUUUUGCUAGUUGGAGUCAAAUGUGGCAGGAUGGAGCAGCUCGCAGACUACGCAGUGAUUCGCAGCCUCAAGAGGUUUAGAGACCGCUAUUUUCCCGACAGAAGUAAACUCGUUAAAAACGAGACAAAACCAAAUUUAGCCCCGGAACCACCGGAACCCGGAUUUCUGGACAUUUUACCGGUGGACCUCCAGUUCGUGAUCAUGACCUUUCUCUCUCCUGUGGAUCUCUGCCGUUUGGGGGCCAGCAGUCGCUACUGGAGAGCCAUGAUUAGAGAUCCAAUACUGUGGAAGUACUUCCUUCUUAGGGACAUGCCGUACUGGCCCUCUAUUGAUCACCUGACGAUGCCACAGCUGGAAUUAUAUGAUGUACCACAGCGCGUAAUCAGUGAAGAUGAGAACCUGUCUGAUGCACAGGAAGUAGAUGAGACAGGAACAGAGUUAAAAUGUGACUUCAUGUCAGAAUAUCUCAGAGCGUGUCCACACUCUAGAAAACAGUGGCUUCCGUCACGGCCAGCGUAUGAAGUCCUCACCUCGUUCCUUCAAUCUCUGGUCCCAUCCUCUGAACCGCGUUAUGCCAUGUUUGGCCCUGGUAUAGAGCAACUGGAAGUUUCUUUGGUCACAAGGCUCAUGCAUUCUCCACAUGUGCUUCCUGUGUUGGGGACGCCACAGCGACAGAUAAAUGGUGUUGGCUCGGGAAUUAGUUACGUCUUUAACAACCAACACAGAUUCAAUAUCCUGACUUUAUACUCAACAAAUAGGGCAGAGAGAGAAAGAGCCAGAAUGAACCAGCAGGACGUGACUAAUAAACUUUUUACCAUUGAAGAAGACGACUCUGGUUGUCCCGUGUACAGCCCCUCCCCUCAGGUUCAGCAAGUGUGCCAGGUGGUGGAUGGUUUCAUCUACGUAGCCAAUGCUGAGCCUGGGAGAAGCGGAGGGCAGUCAGAGGUGGCUCAGAUCCAGGCUGUGAUGAGCUCAGCCAAGGACUCCACAUCGCCGCGGCCUCUGCUGGUGCUGUCCUGUGUCUCCAGAGGAGAAGCGAGUCGACACAGCAGCCUCCAGAAUGUUGGGAGCAGCCAUCGAACUGCCUGUGUCUACAUGGCACAGAGACUCGGUCUGACAAAACUGCCUAAUCCCUGGAUGGUGCAGGACACAGUGGCAGAAUCCCUGUCAGGUCUUCUGGAUGGUAUUUCCUGGCUUCUCAGAUGCUCUGGAGUUAAACUUUACACUAGCUAGUUGCUUCACUCCUCUCUUGACUGAGGAAUCAAAACCUGGAAACAAGUAAAAUUUGAACCACAUGACCACUGUUCCAGGAAUGGAACACUGUCAUUGAUUUUAAAAAUUGUGUUCUUGGUAAUUAAAGUAACAACAACAAAAAAUACUUUUUAUUAUAACGGACAUUUACAGUAAAGAAUGAAACAAUCGAUCAUAAUGAGGAAGAUAGUAUUCAACAUUCACUUUAAAACAAAAAACAACAGUGAUACAGACAGACUUACACGGUGAAAUAAAUAGAACAUUUCUGAAAAUGAUGGUGCAAAAACAUUUUAUAUAUUGAUGCAAAGACACACGAAUGAUGCUGCCAUUUAAUAAUGUGCAGUCUGCGGUGUCAUUAUGGUAAAAAGAAUGAAGGACUUCUUAUCCUAAAACAACGUACAAAUAAUGAGUGUUUUGUCUCAUUGUCCUGUCCAUCAUUUGUAUGUCGACUUAAUAUACUCUAAAGCAUAUUUAAAUAUAGUAAAGAUUCAUCUUUUUAAGCCAAUAGCAUUAAGAGGACUUCUGAACUAUUUUAAUAUACCCUUUCAGAGGCUAUAUUAAAUUAGUAAGUAAACAGAUAUGUAAAAUUCUAGCAUGCAGCCUAAAAGCAUAGGAAUCUGUCUCUGAGCUAUGUUAACCCGUAGCUUUUAGUAAAGGUUUAAAAUACAUCAUGUGCUCAGCAGUAAUAAAAUCUCCUCAACAUUUUCAUGUUGACAUGGGUAGAAUAACUAAUUUCCUAUGCCAUACUUGGCCAAAACCACAAAUAUAUGACAAUAAAUAGAUUUCUGACACAUGAAACAAGCACUUUUCUAAUGAAUGUUAAAAUAAACUGUUUUAUAUUCCACUUGUUGGCCCUAAUGCCAUGUGAAUGCCACAGGCAUGACAAGAUAAUGUGUUUGCUCUUUUGUUCCACUCCCCUUGGUAACCGCAAAGUAUGUUUUUUUCCACAGCUUUUUCCAUUAAGGCUUCCUUAGUCCUAGCAAUCAUUUUUAUACAGAUUUAUAGGUAGAUAGGACAUAAUUGCUCCAAUUUAGGUGUAUUAACUGAGCUGAACAGUGGUGACGCAGACCUUUUCUUUCACUGUGAGUUUAAAAGUGGAAAAUGAUAAAGGGACAGUUGUUUGUCCAUCACUGUUGCAGAUGCAUGUGUAAUAAAAGGUACACACUAACACAAGGAUUUAAGACGUCUGAGUGUUGUUAGAUUAUAGUGUGUAUGUGUGCUAUUAUGCUGUGUGUGUGUGCUGUGUUCCAUAUGUUUGUCUUUAAGGAUGCCCAACAAGAAGGGUGGCGCACGGAGAGAGGAGAGCCUGUUCUCAGUGUGGCCGUGUGGAGAACAACAGUACACACUGUACUCUUGUUAUACUGCUUACUAUAAACCUUUGACUGAAUGUGAACUUUCACUGAUGAGGACAGAAAUGAAAGUGCUUUGUGCUGUGGACCAACACUGCUGACAUUAAUGUGCAGAGGUUUGUAGGGGGGAGACCCUACAAUAUGUACCCAAUCAAAGUGGCUCCUGAGUACAUGGUCCUUGGUUUACGAUAGUUCCGCUGUGAUCUCCCACAAAUUUCUAAAGUCUUGUUCCGUCAUACCGAUGCACAGUGUUAAAAAAUUGCCAACUGCUGUCACGCAGCGCUACACAGAAGUCUGUGACCUCUGCUUUUAACCCAUCACCAAAGUGAACAGUGGGCAGCUUUAAGGGGAGCAGUGUGUGGGGACGGUGUCAUGCUCAGAGCUCCUCAGUGGUAAUUUGGCAGCUAGUGGACUCGAACCUAAAACCUUAAUCCACCACUGCCCCCACAGUUAGGUUAGCUAUUAUACAGUGUACGAGCUCCGGUUUCCAAACAGAAUCAAGUUUAUGUUUCGUAGAAACUAAACUUCGACAUAAGUUCAGGACCCCUGUAGUAACAAAAAAGAGGAAAUAGCCACUUGUGCAUACCUUUCCAGAUAACUUAAGGACAGAGGACAUGUGAUGUCACUCCCAAGAAACAUUCUUCAGUCUUCAAAGUCUCCAUCAUUUUCAGGAUCAGUGGCCAGGUCAGGGUGGGUUACGAUAGCCCAUCACACAGAAAGAACUAAAAGGAAGCUAAUAAUUGAAAUACCAAAAUGUUAUAUCAACAAGAAUUAGAAAAAAUAGCUUGUCUGUGAAAAAACAACUUAGUUUAGUCUUCUUUACCAUGUUAUUAUAAAGAGUUGAGUAUUUUUUAUAUUAUGAAGCAACAUUUCAGUAUACCAGAUAAAACUAAUGUUUCAUAAUUUUAUAUUUCUGUUUGAAAUUGUAUUUGAUGCCUUGUUUUUUUAUGAUAAUUCUCAAGUAUAUUGCAUUUGGACAUUGGGUAAAGUGUUAUUUGUCCAAUGUCCAGAGAUGCUGUAAAUGUUUGGCUAAUAAAAUUGUUUUUGUAUAAAUGCAAUAAAGCUUGUUGAAAAGAAAA